UCAACAGAGAAAAGACUGAUCCAAAAUGGGACUAAAUCAAAAACUCACCACUUAUCUCUCCUCCCAUGCACUUUUUAACACACUCUCUAGGUCCGCAGCUGUCCCAGAGCUGUGAGCUAUCCAUGUCCUGCUGUGCAAACGGAGGGUCAGUGUGCGACGCCAAGGCCCUCCAAGUCAGUGGUGUCCGAGUUCAGCUCGAGAUGCACACACUUUGGCAGCAGUUCGACCAGCUUAGCACAGAGAUGAUUGUUACAAAAGCUGGAAGGAGGAUGUUUCCUACGUUCCAGGUGCAAAUCUCUGGGAUGGAUCCUGCUGCUGAAUACGUCCUCCUCAUGGACUUCAUCCCUGUUGAUAAUAAAAGAUACAGAUAUGCUUUCCACAGCUCCUCCUGGAUGGUGGCAGGGCGAGCGGAUGUGGUAGCCCCAAGCAGGAUGCAUUUCCACCCAGACUCGCCUGCCUGCGGAGCCCAGUGGAUGAAGCAGACUGUAUCCUUCGACACACUCAAGCUCACCAACAACUUGCUGGACGAUAACGGGCAUAUGAUAUUGAACUCCAUGCAUCGCUAUCAGCCGCGCUUCCAUGUGGUGUAUGUGGAUCCUGCUCCCAACAGUCACUUGAAUGCAUACAGGAACUUCUGCUCCUUCUCCUUUCCAGAGACACGCUUUAUGGCCGUCACUGCCUAUCAAAACCACCGGAUCACCCAGCUCAAAAUUGCUAGCAACCCAUUUGCUAAAGGCUUCAGGACUACAGACACUCAGGACCGGGUUGGUCAUUCUGGACUCCUGGCAGCAUGGUGCCCACCAGAGGGCAGAGCUGAGCACCUCAGUGCCAAACAUGGAGAGCAGAGAAGAAAGGGGUCAGACACUUCAUCAUCCAGAGCGGAGGACCCAGCCCUGUUGCUGGAGGAGCAGUGUGGACUGUUACAUCACUUCAAAGACUCGGUGGGACUCAGCAUGGAGAGAAAAGAUGGGGAGAGUAUAUUAACACCGGCUUCCUUUCUCCCUAUUUCUAACUACUGGGAAUGUGCAGGAUCAUCACAAGAGAGAGGCGGACUGCUGUAAAGAAAGAAGAGCAAAGUGACAUUAUUUAUCUUUCACACCAUUAAUCUGGGUGUUACAAGAAAUGUACAAAAAAUAUGACUGUUACAAAAUGAUUAAAUUGGGAUUGUUGAGGUGCUCCAUCAAACUAUGUCCUUAGCAAUAUGACAAAGAAGCUGCAUCGACUCCAUGUACUAUAAGAUAAACCAAAGCAUACAAAAAGAGGUCGCACCAGAGUACAACAUUGCAUGCCAAUACACUUUAUUACGCCUCGUCUUGUCUUAUAUCCCAAAUAAGCACCAUGCACACUGGAUUAAAGGACCUAGCAAUGACUCUGAUUAAACAGUAUGUGAUCCCUUGAUUCCAGAAGUUACACAAGGAUGGAAAAUACAUUACCCAGAAUGCUGCUGUGUGAUCGUGCUUCAAGAGUCAUGAGACAACAGCGAUUUUGCCUUCAAAGUAAAACACAUCAUUUAUAAUUCCUUUACACACACCACACAUAGGCAGAGGCGCUGCUAGUCAACAGGCAAGGCAAGGCAACUGCGGGGGCCCCAAACCAAUAGGGGGCCCCUAAGGGCUGACAAACUUUAAACUGCAGUACAGCAGGGGCUCAAAAUGUGCAAAU